GGGCCCGUGACCGGCUAGAGCCCGCCCCCAGCAGCCGGAAAUGCCUGCGGGGGGAGUCUAGGAGAUAACCCUGCACCUUCUCCGUUCUCCAUGGCCUGCUCCGCGCUGCUUGCCCGGGCCUACGGCCCCAUCCGCCGAGCAGCUCUCCGGCGUCAGUUACACACCAUCUACCAGACUGUGGAACUGCCUGAGACGCACCAGAUGCUGCGCCAGACAUGCCGGGACUUUGCUGAGAAAGAGCUGGUUCCCAUCGCGGCCAAGGUGGACAAGGAGCACCACUUCCCUGCGGCUCAGGUGAAGAAGAUGGGCGCACUUGGGCUUCUGGCCAUGGACGUGCCGGAGGAGCUGCGCGGCGCUGGCCUCGACUACCUGGCCUACGCCAUCGCCAUGGAGGAGAUCAGCCGGGGCUGUGCCUCCACCGGCGUCAUCAUGAGUGUCAACAACUCCCUCUACUUGGGGCCCAUCCUGAAGUUCGGCUCCAAGGAGCAGAAGGAGAAGUGGAUCACGCCUUUCACCAGUGGCGACAAGAUUGGCUGCUUUGCCCUCAGUGAACCAGGGAAUGGCAGUGACGCAGGAGCCGCCUCCACCACCGCCCGGGCAGAGGGUGACUCAUGGGUCCUGAACGGCACCAAAGCCUGGAUCACCAAUUGCUGGGAGGCCUCGGCCACGGUGGUCUUUGCCAGCACCGACAGGUCCUUGCAUAACAAGGGCAUCAGUGCCUUCCUGGUUCCCAUGCCAACACCUGGGCUGUCCUUGGGAAAGAAGGAAGACAAGCUGGGCAUCCGGGCCUCGUCCACGGCCAACCUUAUCUUUGAGGACUGUCGAAUACCCAAGGAAAACCUGCUGGGGGAACUGGGGAUGGGCUUCAAGAUAGCCAUGCAAACCCUGGACAUGGGCCGCAUUGGCAUCGCCGCCCAGGCUCUGGGCAUUGCCCAGGCCGCCCUUGACUGUGCUGUGAACUACGCUGAGAACCGCAGGGCCUUUGGGGCGCCCCUCACCAAGCUCCAGGGCAUCCAGUUCAAGUUGGCGGACAUGGCCCUGGCCCUGGAGAGUGCGCGGCUGCUGACCUGGCGUGCUGCCAUGUUGAAGGAUAAUAAGAAGCCUUUCACCAAGGAGGCAGCGAUGGCCAAGCUGGCUGCAUCAGAGGCCGCAACUGCCAUCAGCCACCAGGCCAUUCAGGUCCUGGGUGGCAUGGGCUACGUGACAGAGAUGCCGGCCGAGCGGCACUACCGUGAUGCCCGCAUCACCGAGAUCUACGAAGGCACCAGCGAGAUCCAGAGGCUGGUCAUCGCGGGGCACCUGCUCAAGAGCUACCGGAGCUGAGCCCCCCCGGCCGGGCCGACCACUGCCCCACCCAGCACCGCGCUGGCCGGAGGACCGUGGGCAAGGGAGUGGGAGCCAUGCAGCCUGCCCCAACUCUCAGACCCCAUGGGGAGGACAGGCCACCCAGGCCUUCUGGUGUGGACCUCUGCCUGCCCAGGGCCAAAGUGCCAGGUCUCGGGAGAGGAGAGGUGAGGUGAGGUGAGGUGAGGUGAGGCCCUGUGCCUGAGGGCCCCCACCUGCAGCUUUGUUUCUUGGCCUUGCUCCCCCGUCACAACUGUGCCUUAUUUUCUUCAUCAGGGCCGCGGGAAGAGCUAAGUAACUCCUUUGGGGCUCCCUGGCUUCCGUGGGCCCUGGAGCUCAGCCGGAGACCCAGUGGGCCUGGGUCUUGGCCGUGUCUGUUCUUUUCAAUGAGGCCGGGGGCCAGGAGGAGGAGGAGGAGGUGGGGGUGAGAAGGAACAGGCCUCAAGUAGCAGAAGCUGUGCUCUCUCAGGCCCGGGGCUGCGCCAUUAGAAACACCAUGACGUGUUCUUUGUGAUGUAUCAACGUGUGCCAGCGGCUGGUCUGGUUUGGGCUUUGGGACCGUCACGUGUGGGAACUAAUAAAGCAUACCUGUCCCCGA